AUGUGCCGGUUUCUAAUUUUUUUUGUCAGAAACCUUACAGGGACGACGUUUCUACUUCACCAGACUAUGCCCGGGGGGACCCAGUGUCUUUCUCCAAUCCCUCAGGGCAAAAUGGCGUGUCCUGAAAUUCAUACAUACACUCUAUCAAUAGCCAGUUAUGCAGAAGGUUAUAAGGAGUUGCUGUCAUUAGAUUGUGAUACAAACUUGUUGGAUAUUCUACUAUGUUUUGGUCUUUUUACGCAGUUUGGAAGCACCAACUGGCAAAUGGUCCCAACCAAUUCCUUUUUUAUGCAAAGCACAAAAAAAAAAUUCUAUGAAUAUUCUGUAUCCUUAGGGACCCAGGAGAGUUAUUCCAUGCUGGCAAAAAGGUCACAAUUUUUGGUCUGGUACAGUCAAAAUGUAGUCUCUCUAGGAUUAACUUUCAAAGAGUAUGCCAUUCAGCAAUUAAAUUCUCAAUCAUACGAGUCAGUGGAAGAUCAAGAUAAUACGGAGUCUGAGUACGAGGUGAAAUGCGCUAUGCCUUUUUGUCAAUUCGGUUUUCUAUAUCAAUACCAGAUUCCAGAUAUAUUGAAAAUAUCUGUGGUUUGGAAAUUGGAGCUGUGGAAAAUCAAACUAUUCCAUACAGCAGCUGUUGAAAUUGCACGACUUUGUGAGACAACCAAAAGAAUGCUUCAUAGAAGAGUGACAAAGGCAAGAUUACCAAGAGAGCUUAUGACUUUUGGAGCUAUGGUUUAUGGCUCAAUUGUUGAAUAUUAUAUUUACCAGUAUUAUUCAUCAGCAUAG